AUGUUCGAGAAUAUCGUCACCCCCCAGCUGAAGAGCCGGCCGCAGCGCCCUGCCCCCACCUUCGGCCCCUUGGCCACAAGCAACAUUAUCGACAUCCGGACGGACAAGAGCGAGACCCAGCUCCGAAAGUCGCUGCAGGACUCCGUGCAUGCCGCGUGCCAUGGACAGGCCGCCAUGCCCGACUUGCUCCUCUGGGACGAACAGGGGCUGCGCCUGUUCGAGGAGGUGACCUUCUCCCCGGCCUAUUAUCUGACCAACGAGGAGAUCGGGCUGUUGGAGAAGCACCAAUACCAGAUCGCGGAGCAUAUCCCCUCCGGAAGCAUGCUGGUUGAACUGGGCAGCGGCAACCUCCGCAAGGUGAAGAUCCUCCUCGACGCGCUCGACGCGCUAGGCCGCGAGGUCGACUACUUCGCCCUGGACGUCUCCUUCGCCGAGCUGCAGCGCACGCUGAGCAUGGUCCCGCCGGGCAUCUUCCGGCACGUGCGCUGUUUCGGGCUGCUGGGGACCUACGACGACGGCCGCGAGUGGCUGCAGCGGUCGGACCUCCGCUCCCGGCCGAAGACCAUCCUGUCUCUGGGCUCGACGCUGGGCAGCUUCCCCCGGGCGGACGCCGCCGGGUUCCUGGCCAGCUUCGUGCACGCGGAUGCCGGCACGGGAAGCAGCCCGUCCUUUUUAGUUGGGUUGGAUGGAUGUAAAGAGCCGGCACGGGUGCUGGCGGCAUACAAUGAUCCCGAGGGGGUGAAUCGCCGGUUCAUCAAGCAUGGGCUGGAGCGGGCGAAUGAGAUCCUCGACCACGAGGCAUUUGCGCUCGAUCGCUGGGAUGUGGAGGGGCAGUGGAACGUGGAGAACGGCAGCCACGAUCAGUUCUAUGUUUCCACUGGGGAGGUGGAUCUGGCCGGCAAGAGAAUCUCAGCGGGGAUGCGCAUCCGAGCGGUGCAGAGCCACAAGUACGAUGGCGAUGAUCGGAUGGCGCUCCUUGGGAGGACCGGGUUGGAGGAGGUCGAUGCGUGGGCAUCGCGGAGUCGGUAUCAUUUGCUCUUUUUGAGCAGCUGAUAGAGAUAGACAAGGUUGUUCUGAGCUGAUAGACA